ACUGUGGCUAUCAAGGAAUCUCGUGCCUUUCAUGGAACACAGCCUGCCUUUCCCGCCAUUGCCCCUGACACAGUGGAAGUGACAGCCAUGGAGUCACAUCCGGUGCUGGUUACCUCUCAACCACCUCCCCUAGCACCUCCACCACCUCCUCCCCCUCCUCCCCCACCGCCACCUCUACCUGCAUCCUCCUCGCCUUUUAGUCGGGCAGACAGUGCCCGUCGGAGCCGGUUGAGGAAGCUGAACUGGGAGCGCAUCCCCAAAGAGAAGGUGGAGGGGAGGAAGAGUGUUUGGAACGGGGCGGCCCCUGGUGAGGACGAGUUCCCCAUAGACCUCCAUUCUCUGGACGAGCUGUUUGGUCAGAAGGAGAGUAAGCCUCAGGACAGAACGAGCACCCUGAGACGCCGGUCCACUCUGCUGCGCUGCAGAUCGCCCCAGGACAGCACAGAGGAGAUCUCCCUGCUGGACUCCAAACGCAGUAUGAACAUUGGAAUAUUUCUACGCCAGUUCAAGACGCCUGCGAAGGAGAUAGUUGAGGAUAUCAGGCACGGUGUAGGGGACCGCUACGGAGCAGAGAAACUGGCAGAGCUCUGCAAAUUGCUGCCUGACAAUGAGGAGGAGUCCCGACUGAGGAGGUUCAGUGGGGAGCGGAGCUGGCUUGGAGAGCCUGAUCUUUUUCUGCUGCUGUUAGUGGAAGUCCCCAGUUUUCGGCUGCGUCUAGAUGCUAUGAUCCUGCAACAAGAGUUUGACCCUGCUGUGACCUCUCUGUGUGUGGCAGCCAGAUGUCUGAGGGAAGCGGCCAGAGAACUGCUGAGCUGUCCUGAAUUACACUCCAUCCUUCGCUUGGUGCUGAAGGCGGGUAACUACAUGAACGCUGGUGGAUAUGCAGGGAACGCCGCUGGUUUCCGGAUUUCGUCGCUGCUCAAACUGGCCGACACCAAAGCCAACAAGCCAGGCAUGAAUCUGUUGCAUUUUGUAGCAAUGGAAGCUGUGAAAAAGGACCAGAGUUUACUGUCAUUUCCUAGCCAAAUAGGCCAUGUUGGCUCCGCCUCCAGGUUAAGUGAGGAGUCUGUGCUUGAGGACUUAACAAAGUUAAAAAGCAGACUGGUGGCCCUCAAGGCAAACAUCCAGACUGAGGUGGAGAUCCAGCUGUCUACACAACAUUUCCUAGAGGUAGCUGAGGAGCGUUUGAAGGAGGCCGAGGAUGAGGUAGAGGGCAUGAGGAUGUCUAGUCAGGCUCUGGUGGAGUUCUUCUGUGAAGAAGACAGCACUUUCAAACUGGAGGAGGCUUGCAGGGUCUUCCAUUCGUUUUGCCUUCGCUUCCAAAGAUCUGUCCAGGAGAAUUCAGAACGGGAGCUGAAGGAGCAGAAACGUUUGGAGCGUCAACGUGAGAUUGGGGAAAAGCGUCGCUCUGUGGCUGUUUGUACGGGGCUGGACUUGAACCUCAGCCUUGCCAAAGAGCCUCAGAGUCAGGAGAACCAAGAUGAGCUGGAGAAGCUGCUGGAGAAGAACUUGAGUUAUAGUUGGAGUCGACGUAGCCUGAGAAGCUCAGAGUCCCGUAAACACUCCCAUCCCUUCCACAACAAUAACCAUCAACAUAAUAUUGCCACACUCAAGGGCUUCCCUGAGCUAGGCAGCAGUCCUACGUCGACCAGUUAUCACUCCAACAGCUCCUCUGACCACGAGACCACCACUGCGCUUUGUAGCUCCCCGGAGACUGACGGACUGUGUUCUCCAAUCAACCAAGAACCUGUUCUGGGAAGAGGAAGCAGGUCCCAGCACAGCCGAGCAACAACCCAAAGCGUGGAAGCUGUUCAGGACUCGCACAUUGCCAUUUUUAGCCACUCCUUGCAUAGACGUGGCUUCAUAGUCAAGCAGCACAGGCCUGAAAGCAUUUCUUAUGUGCUGCAAGGCCCAUCAAAGACAACAGUACUUGAAAAAGAAGCUGAGAUAUCACAUGAAACUGUGGUUUCAAUGACCACUGAAUCUUCACAGACCUCCUCCUCAAACUCCACUGAUAUACCCGCCGAUAAAACUCCCCCUUCUGUUAAAAACCAGACCCCCGCUCAUGAGCAUAGCUUUGGCCUGCCAGUGACAGAGAAUACUCGCCCAGUCCAGAGUAAAUCUAAUGGCUCUUUUGUUGAGUGUGUACAACACUCUCUUAAUAAAAAUGGAAUACUUUCUCAUGGUGACACCAGUAAGAGGUCAUUAAAGUACCAGAGAACUGAGAGCCAAUCACAAUCAUCUGUAAAUGCUCCAGAGAGGGUGCAGUCAAAACCACAGAUGGGAGUAACACCAACUGUGACAACAAGUGCCACGACGCCUUUGCCUGAGGCAGGAUUAACAAAAAACAUUAACUCAGAAGUGGCAUCAACACCUGCAGAGGAGAACUGGAUUCCAUCGAGUCCAGAGUUCAGCCAAUCGCAGCGAAAGGUAUACUCCGACUUGCCAAAUCGAAGGGAGACGGCAAGGCCUUACUCCCGUGUUGGAGAAACACUGGAGUGCCACACACUGGUGAAAAGCCUCAGAUCCUAUGAUGCCUUGUCACCCCCGACCUCCCCACUCCCACGACCCACACCGAGCCUCUGCUCCAAGUGGAGGAAAGAGAGGGAGGGCGACCUCCGAGCGGGGACAACUCCAGGGUCUCCUGCAUCAAAGGAGGAGGCUCGUACCAUGAAGAUCCCUGUGCGUAGUGGAAUAGGGGCCAAAAGAGGACUUGUGUCACGUGCAGGACUUUCCAAUAGCACAGGCAUUCCCAGGGUGCGCUCCAAAACUGAGCCUUUGAAUGGGGCCCCAACCCCCGCCAACACACCCACGCCCAGCCGGCUGUCCAGUCCUCGCAGCACAUCAAUGCGCUCGUCUCCUAUCACUCGGCCUGCCGCUGUUCAGACAGAAGUGAAACGCAGUAAAAGCACACGGGAAAGAACUGUAAGUGAGACACAGACUCCAGGAAAGCCAACCUUAACCCGCAGGACUUCAGACAGAUCUGUAACUGAGAAGGGCUCAGAUAGCACGCAGCCAGCAUUUGUCAGAGGAACUCCUCUCCGUGUGUCAAAACGAGUCGCCCCAAACUCUGAGGCUCAAACGCCCUCCCAGCCUCGCAAUGCCCACAGCCCUUCCUCUGCCACGGCAAAGACCAUACGCACGGCUGUCAUAUCCGCUGCCCGGAACAAAGCCGUCAAGACGACGAGCACAAGCCCCUCUCCUGUGAGCGCUAAAGCCCCUACAACUUCACGGAUACCUGGACCCAAAAUGCCUCGAGCUACUGCAGCUUCUCCACAGUGGAGGUGAUGGGAUUGAAACCACCAUCAUGCCUUUUAUGGAUUUCAGUCUGAAACAGUGUGGUGUCAUUCAGCUGGUAAUCAUCAGUCUGCUUUCUGGUCGUUAAUAUCUCUGGGUUGUCUGAAUUACAUUUUUUAUGAAAUGUGUGUGUUUAUGAGAGGGAGCUGCACUGGUUGCUUUGGGGAACAUUAAUCUCAUGUUUUUCACCCUAUAGCAGAAUAAAUCCUACCUCUUAUAUAACCCAUUUGUGUCCUUUGCAGGCGAUAGGACACCACAAGACCCCCGAUCUUAAAUAUAUAGAAAAGCAUUAAAACACAGCCAAGUGACAUCACUCUGUGCCUAGUUAUUUUGAAAACUGUUAGAAAUAAGUAGUUUUGUCUUAAAGUUUUUGAAUACUGUGACCCCUCCUUUAAGUGAUUGUUGUUAAUUCACACUUGGCUGCCUUACAGUGCAGCUGAACUCGGUACAAUAUUGAACUGUUUAUCCUCCUGUUGAGUGGCCUCAUUGUUCUGAUGCACUUUACAAACUAAAGAAGAGGCCAUGGGGGGAUGGUUACUGUAAUGUUUGUCCUUUUUUUAUUUUGUAUCAAAAGAUUCUAUAACUUUAUUGAAUAGCAUUGGUUGUUAUUCACUGUAUUAUUUGGAUUCAUAAAAAAGAGAACAUGAAUAAAGAAUGUGUACUGAA